AUGGUCAGCCCCUUUGAUCGUCGCCCUUUGCCUGACUACUUUAUCUCUUCUCCUCUGGUCGCCCUCCUCUACCCGCUUCAUCAGCUGCUCCUCCGUCUCCGUGGACCUCCCCGACUCGCACCGCCCGAUGCCCUUCGUGUCGUCUGCAUCUCCGACACGCAUACCCUCGAAUGGCCUGAUAUACCCGAUGGGGACCUUCUCAUCCACGCGGGUGACCUCUCCAAUGAUGGCUCGGUGCGCGAGAUCCAAACCACGGUGAACUGGCUCCGAAGCCUGCCACACCGACACAAGGUCGUGAUUUGCGGGAACCACGACGGCUACUUCGAUGUGCGUUCGCGCUGCGCCGAAGACCGCGACGACCCCUCGUCGACGAACUCCUCCUUUGCGGCCGUCUCGUCCUCCACGGCGUCCAUCCACUCGCUCAACGAGCUCAACGCCGCAUCCCGCAUUGACUGGGGCGACAUCCACUAUCUGCAACACUCGGCCGUGACCCUGACCUUCCCUCCGCCCGAGUCCUCGUCGUCCUCCACCACAGCCCUGACCAGCGCCCGUCCCCGCUCCCUCAACAUCUACGGCGCGCCCCAGAUCCCUGCCAUCGUGCCUCUCGGCCCGGAACAUGCCUUCCCCUACCCGGCACACCACGACGCCUGGUCGCGCACCGUGCCCCCGGAAACCGAUAUCUUGAUCACGCACACGCCGCCGCAGUCGCACCUCGACCUCUCGCCCGUGUUUUCGACCGGCUGUCCCAACCUUCUGGCCGAGGCCUGGCGCGUGCGGCCCGCGCUGCACGUCUUCGGCCACAUCCACGAAUCCGCCGGCCAGGAACCCGUCUUCUGGGACGAGGCCCAACGCGCCUGGGAGCGGCUGUGCACUGCGCGCCGCCCGCGCGCCCAGUAUAGUCGUCUGGCUUCUUUGCCGGGCUUCCUGCGCGAUCUCUUUGAUCUGCCCGGCUGGCUGGACGUCGCCCGCGUCGUGGCCUAUGGUGUCUUGGGCGUCGUGUGGGCGCGGAUCUGGGGCGGCGAGAACCGCAGCGGUGGCUGGAUGGUCAAUGCCGCUUGCAUGUACCGUGCUAGUGGCCGGCUGGGGAACCCCCUCAGCGUGCAUGGCGUCUUUUCGACCUAG